GGCGUGUUGACCCCCUCGGGAGCGGCCGGAACCCGAGCUCACGACGCAGGUUCCCGGUGCUUCGCGUGUCUGCGAUUGCCACAGGCAGGGAGGCGGCGCCACAGGCCACGGAGGUGGCGCCACCGCGCGACGCUUGGCGAGAUUGUGACGUCAGGCGUGUACGGGCGCCAAUUGGCCGAGCAAUGUGGCGCGGACUGGCGCUGGCGCGGGCGAUUGGCUGCGCGGCCCGGUGGGCGGUGCGCGCUGCGGACAGCGCUCAAAGUGGGCGCGCUCCGGGACCGGCCGGUGUCUGUGGCCGGAGGCCGAUCAGUGUUCUAGGACAGAUCAGACAUUUUGUAAUGAUGCCUGAAAUAAACACUGACCACCUCGACAAGCAACAGGUUCAACUCCUGGCAGAGAUGUGUAUCCUUAUUGACGAAAAUGACAAUAAAAUUGGGGCUGAGACCAAGAAGAAUUGUCACCUGAAUGAGAACAUUGAGAAAGGAUUAUUGCAUCGAGCUUUUAGUGUCUUCUUAUUCAACACCGAAAAUAAGCUUCUGCUACAGCAAAGAUCAGAUGCUAAGAUUACCUUUCCAGGUUGUUUUACUAAUACUUGUUGUAGUCAUCCAUUAAGUAAUCCAGGCGAGCUUGAGGAAAAUGAGGCCCUUGGAGUGAGGCGAGCAGCACAGAGGCGGCUGAAAGCUGAGCUAGGAAUUCCCUUGGAAGAGGUUCCUCCAGAAGAAAUUAAUUAUUUAACACGAAUUCACUACAAAGCUCAGUCGGACGGUAUCUGGGGUGAACAUGAAAUUGAUUACAUUUUGUUUGUGAGGAAGAAUGUCACUCUGAAUCCAGAUCCCAAUGAGAUUAAAAGCUUUUGUUAUGUGUCCAAGGAAGAACUAAAAGAACUUCUGAAAAAAGCAGCCAGUGGUGAAAUUAAGAUAACACCAUGGUUUCAAAUUAUUGCAGAGACUUUUCUCUUUAAAUGGUGGGAUAACUUAAAUCAUUUGAAUCAGUUUGUUGACCAUGAGAAAAUACACAGAAUGUGAAUAUGCAGUUUUAUUUUCUAGCAAGUUUUAGGCUGAAAGCCACAUAUAAUUAGUUACAUAAGAACUAUGAGUUGCCAUGGCUACUGAAUUGGACAUUGGAGCCUUAGACUGUUACCCAGCACCUUGUAAGUACUUAGCAAGGGUUAGAUAUUACUGUUGUUAUAUUACUAGGAUGCCAUCCAGAAAAUCUAAGUAGGAAUGUCUUUUGACCUGGUAAUUUAGAACUCCUUUAUCUUUAUAAAGAGGAGUAUCCGUCUCCUAGAUAUAACCACUUCUGACCCCAAAGGCAGAUGUGUUGGUUUUGAACUUGAAAGCUAAGUGAUAUCUAUAAUUUUUUUUUUUUUUUAAUUAAACUGUUUUAAAUUCUUAGUCUUCAAAAUAUAUACUUGUUUGAUUCUGGUCAAACCAUUGCUAACUCCUUUAAGAACAAAGUAGAGGUGGCUUUCUAUGUAAUUGCUGAUUCUGUUUCCCUACCUAUAUUAUCAAGAGAACAAGACCAAAACAGAAAAUGGUGUAAUAGGAAGGAAGGCACAUUUUCUUCUCACUUGGCCCUGGCACCUGGGGACAAGUCCAGGUCAUACCCGCAGUGGGUCCCUGUGGGAACUGCCCUCCGCCUGCACCCUGGGGGGUGCUUGUGCAGUGGUUUCAUCCUCUCACUGGGAUCUGUCUGCUGGACCCUCACUAAGGUUGGGAGUUCCUCGUGGGAUGAGGUACUCUAGAUGCCCUCUUGGCAGAUGGGAUUUUCUGUACACCUCUUCACCCUUCCUCUCUAGGUGCUUUUUCAGCCCUAAGUAUGUACUUACACAUUUUCUAACAUGUUAUAGCGUGAACUGAAGUGUAUAUUUGUGUGUAUUCAGAUAUCUUGACACCUUUCUACUUUACAAUUUUCACACAUACUUUAUACUUAUUUACUACAUACAUGGUUUAGACUCCCAAAUGUAAAUCUCCAACACUGCAUGCUCUUCUCUAUUUUAAAUUCUUGUAGGUGAAUGCAUAAGUAAACUGAUAUAUCUAGACAGUAGAAUGUUAUUUGGCACUAAAAAGAAAUGAGCUACCAAGCCACGAAAAGACGGAGAGGAAAGUCAGGUGCAUGUUGCUGAAAGAAGCAUGAAAAGGCUACAUCCUGAAGGAGUCCAAUUCCCCAACAUUCCAGUAAAGGGAAAACUGGAAACAGUAAAAAGCCGGGGGUGAGAGGGGAGGGAGGAAUGAGUGGGCAGGGCACAGGGUUUUCAGGGCAGUGAAACUCUUCUGCAUGGUACUGGAAUGGUGGAUAUAGGUCAUUAUGCAUUUGUCCAACACCAAGAGCUUCAAGUAAACUGGACUCCGGGUGAUAACGAUGUGUUGAUGGACGCCUUUGGGCCGUAACAAAUGGACCACUCUGAUAGUGGGGGAGCCUGCGUGUGUGGAGGGGCUGGGAGCCUAUGGAAACCCUAUACCUUCCACCCAAUUUUGCUGUGAACCUGAACUGGUCUAAAGAAUAAAGCCCAUUAAAAUUUGGGUGUUAAACAUGAAAA